CAUGACUGUCAAUUAGUCUGAAUCUCCUCCAGUUUGAUGGACAUCUGCAGCGCAGUCGCCACUGGACGACGAGGGGAUAUACUCUCAUAGGCACGGAGCUUCGUCAGUAUCACCGAGAGCGCAGAGCGCAUUGGUCUGCUCAGAAAGUGAGACACGGAGAUUGGGCUGCAACGGAUUUAUUGAUAUUGCACAUCUGGAAUCACUCUUGCAGGAUAAGACUGGAUUUUGGCUGCAGUUCAGAAGCACAUUGGCUGCAUUUACUUGGGAAACAGGCACUAAAAGCAAGCCUGUUAACUUUGGAUUUUACCCAUGGAUUUCUUUAACGACUCUAAUUGUUAUAUCGGCGGUGCAAAUUCAACAACAGUUGUAGAUCGGACCCUUCACCGCAGUGCAAUCCUCCCUGUUAUAUUCGGAGUUAUCUGCUUUCUGGGUAUAAUAGGAAACUGUAUUGUCAUGUACACCAUCAUGAAGAGGACUAAAUGUCACGCCAAGCAGACUGUCCCAGACAUCUUCAUCCUAAAUCUGUCAUUUGCUGAUCUCCUGUUUCUCCUUGGGAUGCCUUUCCUCAUCCACCAGUUGCUGGGCAACGGUACAUGGCACUUUGGAGCCACAAUGUGUACGGUCAUCACUGCGCUCGACUCCAAUAGCCAGAUCGUCAGUACUUACAUCCUCACUGCAAUGACCCUAGACCGUUACUUGGCUACAGUCCAUCCCAUCCGCUUCAAGUAUGCCCGCACAACCGGUGUGGCCACGCUGGUUAUUGGACUGGUCUGGGGUCUGUCCUUAUUCACCAUCAUCCCUGUUUGGAUGUAUGCAGGCCUGAUGCCUCUCUCAGAUGGCCUGGUGGCCUGUGCUCUCCUUCUGCCUGAUCCAGUUAUUGAUACAUAUUGGUUUACACUUUACCAGUUUUUCUUGGCCUUUGCUAUACCUUUGGCUAUUAUCUGUCUGGCGUUCUUCAAGAUCCUGCAACACAUGUCCACCAGUGUGGCACCACUGCCUCCACGGAGUUUGAGGGUGCGCACCAGGAAGGUGACCCGGAUGGCAGUGGCCAUCUGCUUGGCUUUCUUCAUCUGCUGGGCUCCAUACUACAUCCUCCAACUCAUCCACCUCGGAGUGCAGAAGCCAAGCCUGGCAUUCUCAUAUGCCUACAACAUUGCCAUCAGCAUGGGCUACGCUAACAGCUGCAUCAAUCCAUUCCUCUACAUUAUCCUCAGUGAAACCUUCAAGAGGCAGUUCCUCAGAGCCAUACGCCCACUUAACAGAAAGUUCCGUGUGAACCCAAGCAACACAGAUGGAGGCAGUGUGAGUGUGAGGAUGAUACCUGAAGGUGCUCAGCAGGAGCUGGCCUAUGAGGAGAUGUUACCAUCCAGUGCGGCACCAGACUGAAUUGAUGAAUAAGAAUUGGUAUAUACAGUCAAGCCCAAAAUUAUUCAUACCCCUGGAAAUUUUGACUUAAAGUUACUAUUUUUUUCAACCAGCAAGUUUUUUUUGUGAUUGGAUAUGACACAGGCUCCCACCAAAAGAUAAUAAGAAAUAUUGGAAAAAAAUUAGAUUUUUUUUCCCACAAUGAUGCCUCUUGCACAUCAUCUUAUUAUAUUUUGGGAGAAGCCUGUGUCAUUUCCAAUCCAACAAAAAAAAAACUGAAAAAAGUAACUUUAAGUCAAAAUUUCAAGGAGUGUGAAUAAUUUUGGACUUGACUGUAUGUGUAUCUGUGUAGAUGGUAAUGGGACAUGAACAAAGGAGCACAUAUUCAUAGCAUGUCAGCUGUAUCAAGCUCAAAUGAUCCAUUCAUCCAUCCAUCCAUCCGUCCGUCCAUCCGUCCGUCCGUCCGUCCGUCCGUCCGUCCGUCCAUCCAUCCAUCCAUCCAUCCAUCCAUCCAUCCAUUCAUCCAUUCAUCCAUCCAUCCAUCCAUCCAUCCAUCCAUCCAUCCAUGCACACUCACAUUCUAACCUACGGACAGUUCAGAAUCACCAAUUAACCUCAGCAUGUCUUUGGACUGUGGGAAGAAGCCAAAGAAUCCAGUGAGAAUCCACACAGGCACAAUGAAAACAUGCAAACUCCUAACAGAAAGAUCCCAGGCCAAGAAGCAAAACAGGGAUCUUUUAGCUGUGAGGUGACAGUGCUAAAUACGUAUCACUGUGUCAGCUGCUCUAAUAAUUCUCUUGUUAAAAAGUAUAUUUUUACACAGAUAAUUCAAUUAAACUGCUUAUAUAUAUUUUUUUGAAACACUGACCAGUGUGCUACAGCUUCUUAUUGGUCUUAAAUGUAGCUACAUUUUCAAAAAUGUGCUGCUCACAAUGUAGUCAGAAACUCCUAUUUGCAGUGACUGUUCAGAUAAUCACACAAUAUACAUUUUAUUGACUGGAGUUUGCACAUAUGCAGCCAAGACCAACAGUUGAUAAAACCUAAUUCUGCUGCAAUGAUACAGCGUGUUUAGUACCAGUGAAAUAAUGAAGCAAAAUGGGCGGUUUCUCAAUACUAAAGGUGCAUUCAGAUUCAACAAUCCUUUCUUCCUAUUUACGGGAGAUUUUGCAGUCUGUAUGCAUUGACUAAAGAGCCUGUGGAUAUGACAGUAUCGAUGAAAUGGUCAUCUGGUGUUUCUCCACCAGAUACACCGCCAUCAGUGUGUGAAUGUGUGUGUGAAUGGGUGAAUGUGACGUAUCAUGUAAAGCGCUUUGGGUACCUUGCAGGUAUAGUAAAGUGCUAUAUAAAUACAGACCAUUUACCAUUUACCAUUCUCCAGGCUACGUAUUUUCUCCUCUAGAAUCUGCAUAUUCAUGACGCACAUUCGCAGAGCUCUGCUCGUCACACAUUGAUGUUAAAAGAGAGAACAUUUCAACCUGUGUGGACGUGUCUGCACAGAAAUUCACGCAAUCCAAGACAACAACACACUGGAGAGGCUGUAGUAUCUAUGACUGUAAAUGAUGGGUCUGACUUAAAAAUGAAUGAAUCUAAGACUGGUUCAUUGUCAGGUUAAAAUGUUGUAAAUAGCAUCUAAGGAACAUCAGUAUUAAAUGUCAACAACCUAUGACAAAUGUGCUGCUACAUGAAAACAAAUGGAAUUAAUCUAAAAUUGUCAGUGCCGAAGGUGGCAGUAUUACAUCACAGGAAAUGCUACAUUAUUAAAGCAGAGAUCACAUUGAACAUAAGGAGAUUGUACAGGACAUAGUUCACUAUGUCAUCAAUACUACAAACAUGGAGUAUAAUAUUACUGUGGACUUCAAUACAGAGGGCUUGUUAGUUGUUUUUCAGCAGUACCUAUCCUGUGAAAAAACACAGGCAUUAAAUAUGACACUGAAGAUAAUGUCUGGGAUCAUAGAUUCAUCAGGCACCAUGAAGAGACAGGGGCACUUCUUAUUUCUCUAUUUUCAGUCACUGUGUCUCCUCUGUCCUUCAUCCCAGCAUCCAGACAGAAAGAUGUCACAAUUCAUGAAAUGCAUUUUAAGAAUAGAGGAGGCUUGUUGGAGGAACCAGGAUACACAGGUGACUUUUUAAGGUUUCCUGGGAUGUGACACGGUUGAAAUAUACAAAAUACGUCGAAAGGAACCACGGAUGUAUGUCUAAUUUACAUCCUUCACCCAAAAUAUAUGUUACUCUAUGUUUGUAUAUUUCUUUUUUUGUGUCAUGCCUUGUUUGUAGUUCACAGCACGUGUGUAAAAAUGAAUUUUCUAAAAAAAAUAUCACAUCUAUACAUGUUUGUGAAUUAAAAAAGCAAACUGUAAGUUGUUGUGAAAAGUGUACUGCUCAUCUGACACAGAUUUAAACAAAAAAUAUUUUUAAAAAAAACCUAGCAGUAGUCUGUAACAAAACAAUGGACAAAUGAUGCAGCUGAGCCGCAUGUCAUUUUUCACUGAUGUUGCUUUAAACUGACAGCUCCAAAGCAGGUUUUUUUUUUUUUUUAAUGCCUGUUGCCUUGAUUUGUCUCCCCUCACGUCACAUCUCAGAAGGACUAAGGUGCAAGGAGGGGAAAUUAACUGAGAAUGGACAAACUGAGAAAUGAAAUGAGGGGCUGAAGUCCUUCUCAUGUCCUCAGUUCAGAACAUAUUUGAGGAACUAUGUCAUAACACUGUGCUGACCUAUUCUUUGGUGAUAAAAGCCAGACAUGUAAGUAUUUGACCAGCUGACCGUAUGAUUCCUCUAAUCAUAUUAACUUACAACAGCAUAUUUUAGUUAUAUUUGGUCUUUUUUUUAAAUAAAGAAAUUACAGUAUUUAAGAAGUUACCACUAAUCAGUAAGGAUUAAGUGAGCUACUAGUCAAAUGUAUAUUCUAGAUUUAUUUUCUUUAAACAGAGUAAAAUUAAAAAAAUUUGGAAAAGUUGGAUAUGAUCUAACAACAAACACCGCAGUAAUGCAAAAAGGUGGAAAAUGCCUACAUGUUGUGAUUAUUUUUUGUUUUUUUGUGCCCUUUUCUGCAGUGGAUGUCACUCAGUUUGCAUUUGUGUAUAUUUGUAUGUUUGGAUCUGCUUGUCUGUUUGCUUGUUUGGCAUUUACUAGGAUAUAAAAAAGUAAAAUGUGAAGGAAAGUAAAGCCAUGGAGGAUGUUUUUUGACGAGUCAGACAGCAUCACCAGAAAGUGCUUUAUUCAUUUUUAUUUUAUUUUAUUUUUUUUGCAAUGCUGGGAUCACAAUAACCAAUUAUUGGGAUUGUGUGAAUUCCCUCUGAAAUGUCAACGAUACUUCUGAAACAUGCUUUAUAUUUGAAUUACUGCACUAUGAGAUGUAAUAUAACAGAGAGCCAUGUUUACAAGCCCAAAGAGAAAGAAAAAGACAGCAAAGCAGAUUAAGAUGAAGAGAUUUAAGCGUGGCUCCGAUGCCAACCAAAUUUCAAAAGCUUUUGUGUUUCCUUUUGAGGAAUUAUUGUGAAUUCUUUUACAUCAAGCAGCCAUUUUUGCCAAUGAGAUGUUGUUAAUGUAUUGAUAUUAAGUGCUGCUCAGUCUGAACAUUUAUGUAGAGUUAUAUAGAAAAUAUCACUGAAAACGAAACUCUGGGUUUCUCAACCUUUUUUAUCCCGUGAACCUGUUUCCAUAGUCUCUGAUCUGUUAGAUUCUAGAGAACAAAGGUCUAAGUUGUCCUUGAAGCAGUCACCUUUGUAUUGUACAGCAUUUUGAAUGAGGCAGAGAAACUCUGAAAAGAUUGUGGAUGGAAAUGAUGACAUACUGUAGUUUAUUCAUGUCAGACACGUUGUUCAGGUGUCUUAGAAACCAUCUAUGGCCUCAACUGCUUAAUAUAUGAAUCCAUGUAGGGUCCAGAGAUCAAGGAUGAGAAACUCUGAUGUUAUCUUUGUUCAUGUCAAAUAUCCACACAAUAUGCCACUCUGUCGAUGUAAACACAGAGACCUUAAUUGAUAUAUAUGUUACAGGCGAAAUUAGAAUCCAGGCAGAUUUUAAAUCCACCUAGGCAGAAUUAGAAUUUAGAUUUCACCUAGGCGAGAUUGAAAUUUGAAGGGCUUUGAAUAUGAUAUGCUUUGUUAAUGUAAUUAUUUGUUUUCCCUAACAUUAUGUACCUUGAAAUUUGGUUUUAGAUACAAGGUAAAUAAUUACUUUAGAAGUAAUGUCAACUUUGUCCUCAACACUUGGCAAAAUAAAAAGUAGUAGUUUCUGGGUUGUUUUUUUCAUAUACUGUAUACCAAAAUCCUGUUAGAAGGUUAGGGUUAGGGUUAGGGUUAUUCUAUCUAAUAUACAGGCUAUUGAUAUAACAAAAUUGAAAUCUUUACAACAACCAUUUCUGCCUAUAGGUGGAUUCUAAAUCUGCCUGGAUUCUAAUUUGGCCUGUGACAUAUACAUUGUAACAGAAACACAUCAUGUUUGUAUAUGAAACAAUCAAACUGGACAACAGAAGUUGGAUCAUUUUUUGUGUACUGUAUGAUUUUUUUGUUUAAAGUGCAAUUAAACUGUGUUUGAGAUUAAAUACAUGAAAAACAUUUUCAGUCACUGCCA